AUGAGCUCCAAGCACCCAGUGACGGCCGCCACCACGGAUACCGUCACCAUCGUCUCGGGGAGAACUACUCCCGAGCAGACAAGCGACUACUCGGGUUCCGGCGAUCCGACUCUGGUCCAGUGGCGACGCAGACCCGAGCAGACCAGCGACUACUCGGGAUCCGGCGAUCCGACCCAGUGGCGACGCAGACCGUACGAAUCGCACGCUUAUCCGCACUGCAGCAGUGAUAGCGGGAGCGGGAUAGUCGGCGGGGUUACCAACCCGCGCUCCUUCGCCGCCAUAGAUCUCCCGCCGUCCAGCCCGACAAAGCCGAUCGGGGACCUUGACUUCGAUACAAAGCCGUCGUCUACCUACCAGAGUCUAACCAAUCUACCGCGCAGCGUCGUCCCGCACGUCGAGUACACUUCAAUGGGGACGUCGUACAAGGUGAACGAAGAGCGGCAGCAAGCGUCCUCGUGCACGAAGUGCUCCGUCUGUCUCUGGUUCUUUACGAUACUGGCUCUAUUGGUGGGGUGCGGUGGCGUGGCGCUGGGCAUCCUUGAUUUGCUGGAGGACGGCAGCAGCGGCGGGAGCGGCUCUACCAUCUCCAGACUGGAGUCCCAACUGACGGACUCAAACGCGAAGAUCGACAUUCUCCAGUCAAUGAUAACUGAACUCCAGCAGAACUUUACUCAGACAAUCGAGAUGAAAAGCGUGGAGAUUCAAGAGCUUUCAGUCCAGUUGAAUCGUGUCAAUGAGUCGGUUGAAGGGCUAAUCGCAGCUCCAACCCAGGAAACCCCGUCCACAGCUGAGCCAGUGGCAAUCUCCACGGUCAACCUCACAACACACUGUGAGUAUGACGAGAUCCAAAAGUGUCGGAUAUCGGACACUGGUCUCACUCCAGUGGACGGCGCUGACCCAGACUCAUACCCCAACUACAGCAGUUGUUUUACGGCGAGCGUCUUCAUUGACAUGUCAGACACCUUCAUCCAGGACGUGUACUGUGCAGUGACAGACCUUCGUAGUGAGCGAAACCCAGUCGUGGCCACUCUAAGACGUGACGCAGACAGCGGGACUUUCUCAUGCUACUGUUUCGUGACGGCCAUAGAGACACGGCUGAGUGUGGUAGACUGCUCCAUGUUUCUCAAAAGAUGUCCCUCGGUUGUCACAGUCAACAACUGA